CUCAACUUCACGCCUAGAGUGUAGAAACCUUUAAAGAUGUUCUCGCGACCGAUAUGCCGUCGACUAACGAGCAGGAGUUUGAUGAGGGGGCUCUCUACUUCAGUAGCCAGAAGGGCAGACUUCACUCAUGCUGUACGAACUCCUAACAUGGGAUGUACAUGAAUAGAUUAGCUGAUUGUAGACUAGGUUAUUGGAGGAGGAGCAGUAGGAUUAUCCAUUGCUCGACAAUUAGCAGCACGGGAUGGGACGAGUACUGUUAUCAUUGAACGAAAUGGUGGGGUGGGGAUGGAGACCAGCUCGCGGAAUUCAGAAGUAUGUUUCACAAGCACAACAACACUAUGAACUCCCAAUCUCAUAAUUAUGACAAGAAACUAAGUAAUAAACUAGGUAAUCCACGCAGGUCUCUACUACGGACCAGAUACGCUCAAAACCAAGCUAUGCAUCAAAGGCAGACAAAUGAUGUACGCCCUUUGCAAAAAGUAUUCCAUCCCACACAACAACUGCGGGAAAUGGAUUGUCGCCCAAACGAACCAGCAAUGGGAAGAGCUAGUAAAAGUUCAUAAAUUCUCUCAGACUCAGUCUGGGAUCCCCACUGAGUUCGUCUCCCUCACUGAAGCGCCGAAAAUCGAGCCCUGUGUUCAGGCAAAAGUGGGCAUUCUAUUAUCUCCCACGACGGGAAUCGUAGAUUCGCAUGCGUACAUACAAUUCUUGCUUGGUGAUUUCGAGGAGCGAGGUGGGGAUGUGGCACUCCAUACUCCUGUUGUGAGAAUCACUCCUCUAGGAGACAACGGUUCAGGAGGCUGGGAGAUCACGACUCUUGACAAGGGAUCAGGAGAAGAAAGCACCAUCACAACAGAGACGAUAAUAAACUCUGCUGGUCUGGGAGCUUGUGAUGUCAACAACAUGAUACUCCCCGAAAGUCGCCAUCGCACGCAGUACUACGCAAAAGGAAACUACUUCUCUUAUUCUUCACCUCAUCCAAAAACCAAACAUCUUAUUUACCCCGCUCCAGAGCCGGGACUUGGUGGUUUGGGGACUCAUCUUACGAUGGAUAUUAGUGGUCGAAUUCGAUUCGGACCUGAUAUUGAAUGGGUCGGUUCUCCUACCGAUCUUUCAGUGUCGACGGAGAGACUUGAUGUUGCGAUUGAGCAGAUCAAACGUUUCUUACCUGAGGUAAAUGAGGAGGCUAUCGUGCCUGAUUAUGCCGGGAUAAGACCCAAGUUGGCGUAUAAGAGUGCAGUGGCCAGUGGAAAGGGGUUCAUUGAUUUCGUGAUUCAUAAGGAAGAUGGGUAUCAUGGGUUUGUGAACUUGUUGGGAAUUGAAAGUCCUGGGUUGACGAGUAGUUUGGCGAUUGGAGAAAUGGUGGAGGAUUUAUUGUAUAAAUGA